AUGGUCGAAAACUCACCCGCCUCUCAAGAUGACGACCCCGGCCCCGAGCCCGGCGGCGCCAUGUCUCCCGGGUUUGCAUCCGGCAGCGCUUCCGGAAGCACAACUCCCGAGAAUGCCGCAGUCACGCCCAACCCCGAUCCGGCCGAACAAUCGACUAGCAACGCCGAGGCCGCAGCUGCAGCCGCCCUGAAGAAGGAAAAAGGCCGUGUACGCUUCAAUAGCAGAGCGGCCGUGACCCAGCCCCCAACUUCACCACCACCCAACGCAACUCUGCCCGUUCCCACUCCGGCAAACCCGCCGAGACCGUCCAUCUUGCGAGGCAGUUCCGGAAGCUCUAUUCCCACUGUUGCAACACUCGCCCAGGAUAACCCGCGUCCCUCGGUUGAUAGCGAGCGCCAGGAGGCCAAGUCUGCCGCUGCCGCUGCUCAGGAACGUGCACGCCAGGUUGCCGCGAACAUCCAGCUCGGAUCUCCUACCCGAGAGUCCCGAGUAUCCGUUGAAUCCGCCGGUACGACUACUGCAAGCGAGUAUGAACCGCCCAGCAGAGAGGGAGCAUACAUCCCUCUUCAAGACCUCAACUCUGACCAACCCUUGACCGGAAAGGCCAAAGAAGAGGAAGAGAAGCAUGAACACCAGGCUCAACUCAACUCGGAAGCUUACCGAAUCGUCCGGGCCCACACUUGGCGUAUUGCCGACAAGACUGAGAGCGAGGCCGGCCCGUCCAAUGCUCAAGAUGCUGAAAAGACAGAGCAAACCGACCACCUCCUCCCUGAAGUCAAUGACGGCAACUAUGACGGUGUUUACGUCGUCCCUCCGCCGAAGCAGUAUCGCGGCAGCGUCUUGUCUCAGCUUCUCAAGCUGUACAAGCCUGCAGAGGGUCCUGUGCAGCCGCCCAACAACCGCAACUCUGUCGCCUCUUUCUCUAAUUUCGGAGGACCUCUGUCAACCGGCACUCCGGGGUCCGAGUCCGGCACCACUACUCCCACCGGCACCGCAACUCCUAGCCGUAAGAAGUGGUACCAGGCCAACAGGUCCCAGGAGACCCUCGUCAACCUGAUUGAAGCUUCUGCACGCCUCGCCAACCCCAACCAGCAGGGCGAGGGCCCAGGAUCGCCAAAGGAUAGCAAGGCCGCAAAGAAGCAGCGUCCUAAACACAGGCGAACUACCAGCAACUCUCGCAUCAGCGCUUACCUUGCGAGAGAAGAGGAGGAAGCCAAGAUCACGGUCCACAUUGCGGAGACCCUCGCCCGUCAGGAGUACAUCAUCACUCUCUGCCGCGCGUUGAUGCUCUUUGGUGCUCCUACUCAUCGUCUGGAAGAGUAUCUCUCUACCACCGCUAAGGUCCUUGAGAUUGAUGGCCAAUUCUUGUAUCUUCCUGGCUGCAUGGUCAUCAGCUUCGACGACAGAUCCGUACACACGACUGAAGUUCGAAUGGUUCGCGCAGCGCAGGGAAUUGACCUCGGCAAACUUCGCGACACCCACCAUGUCUACAAGGAAGUCAUCCACGACGUUGUCUCGGUAAACGAGGGAAUCGAACGCCUGGAUGCUCUUAUCAAGUCCAAGGACAAGUUCCACGUCUGGAUCAGAGUCCUCGUCUUCGGCCUCACCAGUGUUACUGCGGCACCUUUCUCCUUCGGCGCCCGCCUUAUUGAUCUCCCUCUCGCAUUCUGUUUCGGCUGCCUCGUCGGAUUCCUCCAGCUCAUCGUAGCUGCCCAAUCCAAGCUCUACAGCAAUGUUCUUGAGGUCACGGCAACCGUUCUGGUAAGUUUCUUGGCCCGAGCCUUCGGCAGCAUUAGAGGCGGAAACCUCUUCUGCUUCUCGGCAAUAGCCCAAGGAGGCAUCGUCAUGCUUUUACCAGGAUACAUGGUUUUGUGUUCCGCCCUCGAACUCCAAUCCCGCGCCAUCGUUCCCGGAUCGAUCCGAAUCGUCUACGCCGUUAUAUACAGUCUCUUCCUCGGUUUCGGUAUCACCAUCGGCACUGCGAUAUACGGUCUCAUAGACGAAAACGCCGUUUCGACGACCACCUGCGAGAACCAGAUCCCCACCUACCUGACGUUCAUCUUCGUCCCCCUGUUCGUUGUCUGCAUUGCCAUCCUUUACCAAGCCAAAUGGCGACAAAUGCCAGUCAUGCUGGUCGUCGCUUUUGCAGGUUACAUGGUAAACUACUUCUCCGGUCUCAGAUUCAGCGCAGCUCCCCAGGUUGCCAACACCCUUGGCGCUCUUACCGUCGGAGUCCUCGCCAACCUCUACUCACGUGUCCGCCAUGGAGUCGCCGCCGCAACUCUCAUCCCUGCCAUCUUUACCCAGGUGCCAGGAGGUCUCGCAUCCACCGGCGGUCUUCUGAGCGGUCUAACUACAGCCAACAAGAUCACAAACUCGACGCACUCGGUCAACGGCACGAGCUCUGUCACGUACGACAGCACCGAGAUGAACUCGGUUGUCUUCAACGUCGCCGCAUCCAUGAUCCAGAUCGCCAUCGGCAUCGCCGUUGGCCUGUUCCUCAGCUCUCUCAUUAUCUACCCGCUCGGCAAGCGUCGCAGUGGUCUGUUCAGCUUCUAA